AUGUCCGUCCCUAGGCCUGGGAUGCGUGCUCCCAUUCCCCCACGCGGCGGCCCAAGGCCACCUAUGGGAAGACUAGCCAGUCUGAAAUCGCCCAAUCCAACUCCAAUCAGGCGUCCCCAGCCAAUUUCUCGGCCUCAGCCUGCCAGGCCAACUACCCACCCCAAAACCUCAACUUGCCCUAACCCGGGCUGUCCUGCCCCUCACAUCGUAGAGGAUGACGGCCAGAAGGUUUGUUCCGGGUGUGGUACUGUCAUCAGUGAAGCAAACAUCGUCUCCGAGGUUACUUUCGGGGAAUCGUCGUCAGGUGCAGCAGUCGUUCAGGGUACCUUUGUCGGCGAAGAUCAAUCCCAUGUCCGCAGUUAUGGCCCUGGCUUUCAGCGUGGAGGCGCCGAAAGCCGCGAGAUCACGGAACAAAACGGUAACCGCUACAUUACUCAGCUAUCUCGUGCCUUGACUAUCCCAGAGAGUGCCAUGAAGGCUGCUGGUCAGGUGUUCAAGCUGGCAGUCGGGUUGAACUUCAUUCAAGGUCGAAGGACCAAGACUGUAGCUGCUGUGUGUUUAUAUAUUGCUUGUCGUCGCCAGGAUGGCAACACUAUCAUGCUCAUCGAUUUUGCCGACGUUCUAAUGAUCAACGUCUUCAAGCUAGGCCGGACCUACAAAGCACUACUUGACGAGUUGCGUCUGGGUGGUAAUGUCUUUCUGAUGAAUCCGAUUGACCCGGAGAGUUUGAUCUACAGAUUUGCCAAACAGCUUGAAUUUGGGUCGGCUACCAUGCAAGUGGCGAGCGAGGCGGUCCGUAUCGUACAGCGGAUGAACCGCGAUUGGAUGACGACAGGUCGUCGUCCCGCUGGUAUUUGUGGUGCCGCCUUGAUUCUUGCAGCCCGCAUGAACAACUUUCGUCGCACUGUUCGAGAGGUUGUCUACGUCGUCAAGGUCACCGAGAUCACUAUUAGCCAGCGUUUGAACGAGUUCAGCUCCACCGAAAGUGGUGAACUUACAGUCGACCAGUUUCGUUCCGUGCAGCUGGAAAACGCGCAUGACCCACCUUCUUUUGCCAGGGCUAGAGAAGGACGAAAGCCAUCACGCUCUUUCAAGAGACGGCCCACGGAAACGGCGGCCGAGAUGGAGAGUGAUAUACAGGAAGCACAACAACAUAGGCGUGUCGACUCAGACGGAUUCGCUAUUCCUAGUCUUCCCAUUGAUCCGGCAUUAUUAGCGGCCAGCAGCGGUCAACGUCGCCACUCGACUGCCUCUGCUGCAAGCGAAACCAUCUCGGAUGCUGGCGAGGAGCACGCCAAGUCUGCUCGCCAGAAGGGUCCGAAGAGACCCCCGCUUCCAGCACCUUCGCCAGAUCAAAUUGCAUCGGAGGAGGCCUUGGAGAAUGAAAUGACCGCGCUGUUGUCCAAAGGAUCGAACAUGUUUGACACCAGUGCCGGUCCUCCGAGGAAGGUCGUCUCUGACAAUACAGAGAUCGACGCUGCGGAGUUUGAAUCGGAUCCGGAGGUGUCUAACUGUUUGCUUUCUCCUGCGGAAGUUGAGAUUAAAGAACGGAUCUGGGUCCAUGAGAACAAAGAUUAUCUUAGGACCCAGCAAGCUAAAGCGCUCAAGCGAGCUCUGGCCGAGGCCGAUUCCCACCCUGGCGCGGAUGGUCGCGUGCACAAGCCGCGGAAACGCCGCCGCGACGCCGAUGGCCGCAGCACUCGGGCUUCCACCCCUGCCGAAGCUACCCGUCGGAUGUUGGAGAGAAGAGGGUUCAGUAAAAAGAUCAACUAUCGUCUUUUGGAGUCACUAUUUGGCGAUGAAGGGGCCGACGAGGCCUCCAAACCUAAGGAAGAAAGUUUGAGCCGAAGCCAGAGCUACAACCAGGCAGUAUUUUCUGGGAUUAUCAACAACGCUGAUUUCCUCUCCAUCGUCCACCAUCCCACUACGGCUGUAAUGGGAAUCAUAGUGUCUAUAUACAAUCUAGGCUGUCUCCUUGGCACAGCGGUGGCCUUCUUGACAAGUGACAAUUUAGGUUUUCGAAAGUCCGUGUGGCUUGCGAUGUGUAUAAUUAUAAUUGGGGCAACGGUCCAGACCAGCUCCUACUCCAAAGCGCAGUUGCUCGUGUCCCGGCUCUUCACCGGGAUUGGAAUUGGCAUCAUGACAACGACCGUGCCGGUGUACCAAGCGGAAUUAUGUGAAGCACGCAAACGAGGAAUGUAUGUCUGCACUCAACCUCUCGCUGUCGGUGUAGGUAUUACCAUCGCGUACUGGUACGACUAUGGUAUGAGCUAUGUGGAUGGACCUAUCAACUGGAGGCUGCCCAUCGCCAGUCAAGUGAUCAUCGCAAUUCUCGUUAUUAUAUUGAUCUUAGGACUUCCGGAGAAUCCUCGGUGGUUGUGCCGUCAGCAUAAGAGGCAGGAGGCCUUGCAAGUUUUAAGCGACUUUUAUGAUCUACCACUAGAUCAUCCAACAGUGACCCAGGAGGCUGAAAAUAUCUUCAGGGCCAUAGACGAUGGUCGUCCAGAGUAUAAAUGGUCAGAGAUCUUCAAGAAAGAUGAGCUUCAUACGGGUCGACGAAUCUUGCUGGCGUAUGGGCUACAGUUUACGAACCAGAUGGGAGGGGCUCCCUUGAUUGUCGUAAUCCUUGAAGAUAACGUGGGCCUCGACGCCAAGUUGAGUUUAUUGCUCAGUGGAGUGAUCCAAUUGAUGUUUGUCAUAGGUGCUUUUUAUCCCAUCUUUUACUCCGAUCGAUUGGGACGGCGGAGCCCAAUGAUGUGGGGAUCCUUUGGCCUCUUCGUAUGCCUACUCAUGAUCUCCAUUCUUCUGUCCUUCAAAGGGACGAACCUGGAAAAGUCGACCGCUACGGCCUCCGUGGCUUUCUUCUUUCUGUAUAUGCUCAUCUAUGGGGCCACGAUUAAUUGCAUACCAUGGGUAUACGGGCCAGAGCUACUGCCCCAACAUGUCCGGACAAAAGGGCAAGCCAUCGGAAUUUCGGCUAACUGGCUCUGGAGCUUUUUCGUGAACAUGAUAUCUCCGACGCUGAUCCGAGACCUUGCAUGGAAAGGGUAUCUCAUCUUCGUCGCCUUUAACCUCGCCUUUAUACCGAUCGUGUACUUCUACUAUCCCGAAACAGCUAACUUGAGUCUCGAGGACAUUGAUUCCCUGUUCGGAGUACAGAAGGCACAGCCUAUUCGGGAGGAUGACAAAGGGUUUACCUGGGUGGAAACCAGACCCGUGAGCUAA